AUGGCGGAGUUUAUCUGUUUAUUCGGCAAGGACAGUGCAGCGAUUGUAAUAAAGCAACCAAAGAAGUCACCUUUGUUCUUAAGAAUGAUAGUUUUGGUGUUUGCUAUGGUUUGUGGUCUCUACAUUUGCUCCGUUUGCUUAAACCAGUUCGGUUAUGUCAGUUUCCAAAGCUCCCAACUUGUUCCAACUCCUCUUGAUGCUUCUCACUCGUUACACUUUGUUAGUCGGAUUCAUUACCCAAAGCCACAGACUUUUAAUCGAUCUGAAUGUGGGAAUAAUCCGGUGAGGUUCUUUGCGAUAUUGUCGAUGCAGAGAUCCGGAAGCGGUUGGUUCGAAACAUUGUUGAAUAGUCAUAGCAAUGUGAGUUCAAAUGGCGAGAUUUUCUCGGUUUUGGAUCGGAGAAAAAACAUUUCUGCAAUCAUUCAGACUCUUGAUAGAGUUUAUAAUCUCGAUUGGUUUACGAGUGCUUCAAAGAAUGAAUGCUCUGCUGCAAUUGGAUUCAAAUGGAUGCUUAACCAGGGUUUGUUGGAUAAUCAUAAAGAAAUAGUAGAUUACUUUAACCGAAGAGGUGUCUCGGCUAUAUUUCUGUUUAGAAGGAACCCUUUAAGGAGAAUGGUUUCUGUGCUGGCAAAUUCUUAUGACCGUUACGCUAAACUAUUGAACGGAACUCACAAGUCUCAUGUUCAUUCUCCUGAAGAGGCAGAUGCACUUUCUAGGUAUAAGCCGGUAAUCAACUCAACAUCGUUGAUCCACGAUUUACAAGAAACAGGGAAUUUAGCUGCAAAGGCUUUAGAACAUUUCAAUACCACUCAUCAUAUCGUCAUAUUCUACGAAGAUCUUGUAACAAAUCGAACGACAUUGAAACUGGUUCAAGAGUUUUUGAACAUUCCUGUGAAGGAUUUGUCAAGCAGACAGGUGAAGAUACACAGAGGGGAUUUGUCAGAUCACAUCAAGAACUGGGAAGAUAUAAACAAGACAUUGAAUGGGACCGAGUAUGAGAAAUUUCUACGAGCAGAUUAUUAG